UUCUCCUUCUCAGAGGAGGGAGCAGUAGUCACCAUCGAUGUCAGCCUGGCCUACAGAGAUGAUUUAUACAGCGAGUGGACAGAGAUGGCUCGUUCGUUUGAACGGAGGAACCUAAACUGCAAGUUCUCAUUUGAGAAGAACUUGGGGAGCCAGGACCGUCAGUAUGAAUGUGACCCCCUGCCUUUCAUGGAGGUGGGGAGUGUUGCUCAUAAAUACUAUCUCGUCAACAUCCGCCUGCCGGUCAACGAGCGCAAGAAGGUUAAUAUUGGGAUUGGAGAGAUCAAAGACAUUCAUCUUGUGAGCAUCCAUCAGAACGGAGGUUUCACUAAGGUUUGGUUUGCCAUGAAGACUUUCCUCACUCCCAGCAUCCUCAUCAUAAUGAUCUGGUACUGGAGACGGAUCACCCUCAUGACCCGACCGCCUGUCCUUCUGGAAAAGGUCAUCUUCGCUCUGGGCAUCUCCAUGACCUUCAUCAACAUCCCGGUGGAGUGGUUCUCUGUUGGCUUUAACUGGACCUGGAUGCUGCUCUUUGGAGACAUCAGACAGGGCAUUUUCUACUCCAUGCUUCUUUCCUUCUGGAUCAUCUUCUGCGGCGAACAUCUGAUGGACCAGACGGAGAGAAACCGUUUCUCAGUUUACUGGAAGCAGGUCGGCCCCAUUGUGUUUGGUUCUUGCUGCCUGUUUAUCUUCGACAUGUGUGAGAGAGGCGUCCAGCUGACCAAUCCCUUCUACAGCAUCUGGGCCUCGGAUGUAGGAACGGAGCUGGCUAUGUCCUUCAUCAUCGUAGCAGGAAUCUGUGCUUGUCUCUACUUCCUCUUCCUCUGCUUUAUGGUGUUUCAAGUCUUCCGUAACAUCAGCGGCAAAAGGACGUCCCUGCCUGCCAUGUCCAAAGCCAGACGCCUGCAUUAUGAGGGCCUGAUUUUCAGGUUCAAAUUCCUCAUGCUGGUGACUCUAACCUGCGCCGCCAUGACCAUCAUCUUCUUUAUCAUCAGCCAGGUGAACGAGGGUCACUGGCACUGGGGGGAUUACACGGUGCAGAUAAACAGUGCCUUCUGCACUGGAAUCUAUGGAAUGUGGAACCUGUACGUCUUCGCCAUCAUGUUCCUGUAUGCACCUUCGCACAAACGCUACGGAGACGAGCAGUCCAGUGGUCAGUGCAUCACGGGUGACGGCGGCGCCGCCAGCGGAGAAGACAUCCAGCUGACCACCACCAUCACCCACGUAGACGGACCCACUGAGAUCUACAAAAUGACCGGGAAGGAGGCCCAGGAAUAGUUGACACCGUCCGAGACACCGCCCGCUACCUUCGCUUUGACGUCCCGCCUCCCUGAGCGCCAACAAUCCACCUGUCAGAGCUGCACUCAUCACAGAUCCUCCAGCCGGUCCAGGUGGCGCCCCUUUCCUAACCUCCACGUCGGUCCUCUUGAUUUCAGACGACUUGCUGUCGAAUUUCCUUCUAGAUGUUCACUGUGGUGUUUUUUUUAAAUGUUGCACAAUGCCUUUGAGACGAAGCUGGGUACAGAAAAAGCUGCUUUGGAUGGAUUUUAAAGAGGUAGGAUGCUUUAUGUUGCAGCCGUCAAAACCUCCAGAUUGUUUUUAGGUUGUUUGCAGAGACUUGAAGAGUUUAAAGGAUGAACGGAGACGUUUCAGCGAACGCCCGCCUACUUUUAUCCAAGCUCUUAGAGCUGUCACUACAGUCUGUUUGUU